CGCAGGUGGCUAACCGACGUGCUAGCUAGCGGUUAGCUUCAAAUAAAUUUAAGCUAGCUGCGCUGUUUAAUCGAAACGCACUCGUGGUUGGAGUCCUCACUGCUGUCCCACACACCAAUUACUCCUGCUGCCCAAAAGUUUGGCAUUAUUUUGAGUUUUUGUGGUCUAGUGCGACACGGGAAAAGUCUUGAACUUGGCAGGCAACCUUUGUUGACUUUGUCUCCGCUUGCUACCACACUAAGGAUGUGUUUACGUUACUGUAAUACAGUUUGGCUGCGUGUGGUCGUGGUUUGUUACUAGCUCUCAAAUAUACGCGUGGUUCUGUAAUCCUUGUGUUCCACAUUCUCUAUAAAUGUGUAAAAUAAAGCUUAAUUUAUGGCUGUGUUUUUAUAUAUUUUACUCUUACUCUUUAACUCUUCUCGUUUAAAUAAUAAUAAUAAAAACAUAUUGCCUAUUUUUACGCAGGUGACUUGAGCUAUAGAUAACCGUGGAUGGUUAUAAAAAGUCUGAAGUCGAGUGAACCCUUAUCGGCCUUUAUCUUGGUAAACAAAGCAGUUCAAACAGCCUUUCCGACUGUAUGCUCGAAAAAUUUCAACCUCAUCAUUUUCACUGAAAUGCUGCGAGAUUCCGGUAAACCUAUUAUCUAACGUAAGCUGUUGAUUCAGGACUGACCCUGGAUCACCAAGGCCUCUCCACAAACACAUUUUUGACUUUUUUUGUGCAUAUUUUUUAAUCAGCAGUGACUUUAGUUUCCUGAUUGAAAUACCCGAGUCUUUUAUUUUGAAAUGUAAGGGCUUGACAGAGCUCUUGAAGUAAGGUAGUGUGGUUUUUCUUACUGUAAAGUUGUCCUUCAGCCUGCUAAAGAUGAUGGUGAGGUCUAUUGAAGGUUUAUGCUGCGGCGAAACGCUUGAGAUAGGUGUGAAAACAAAGACUGUCUAACACAUGCUCGCCAGUUUAUCUGCUCAUUUCAGUCUCGCUGGCUGUAGUUUUACUUCCUUUAGGUCCUGUGACUUUUCUCACUUAGUUUUCAGUGUUCUGCUCUGUAAGUGAGUGAAAAUGACCUUUGCAUUUGUGCUCUAUUAAAGUGAAACCCAGAUUCCACAAAGCAUAAUCCAGUUUUACUCAGACCUGUGAACGUCUCUGGAAUCUCACGCAUGGUUUAUUUGAUUCUGUGUGAUUUUCCAACAAUAAAUGUUAAUUGUUACUUUUUUGAUGGUUUUAAUUGAGGAUGUUCUUGUGUAAAAUCUGCUUAUUUUCUUUAGGUUUUUUAUUUUUUGUUUUGUUUUUCCUUCAAUUUUCGUCAUCUGAGCCACAGUCGGGCAUUGGACCAACAGGAACGGUUUCCACAAUUUCCAUCAGCUUGUCUGCAGCCCCCUGCAUACCCAGACAGUCUUCUGCCCCAGCAUGAAUGAAGUUAGUGUUGUUAAAAAAGGAUGGCUCCACAAGAGAGGUGAAUAUAUUAAAACAUGGCGUCCUCGCUACUUCAUCCUAAAAACCGAUGGCUCCUUUAUCGGGUACAAGGAGAAGCCUGAAGUGUCUGGUGACCACAGCCAACCACCUCUCAACAACUUCUCUGUCGCAGAAUGUCAGCUGAUGAAGACAGAGCGACCCAGGCCCAAUACGUUUGUCAUCCGAUGCCUGCAGUGGACCUCGGUUAUUGAACGAACUUUCCACGUAGACAGCAAUGAGGAAAGGGAGGAGUGGAUGCGAGCGAUCCAGGCUGUAACAAACAGCCUGAAGAGUCAACAGCAGGAUGAGGAACCCAUGGAGAUCAAAUUCGGCUCACCGAGUGACAGCAGCGGCACAGAGGAGAUGGAGAUCGCCGUGUCCAAAUCCUGCGCAAAAGUGACAAUGAGUGAUUUUGACUAUCUGAAGCUUCUGGGCAAAGGGACUUUUGGGAAAGUGAUCCUGGUGAAAGAGAAAGCCACAGGGAUGUACUACGCCAUGAAAAUCCUCCGCAAAGAAGUCAUCAUCGCUAAAGACGAGGUGGCGCACACGGUGACAGAAAGCAGGGUUCUUCAAAAUACAAGGCAUCCCUUUUUAACGACACUAAAAUAUGCAUUUCAAACUCACGACCGGCUAUGCUUUGUGAUGGAAUACGCAAAUGGAGGCGAACUUUUCUUUCAUUUAUCCCGGGACAGAGUCUUCACAGAAGACAGGGCACGGUUUUACGGGGCAGAAAUCGUUUCAGCACUCGAGUAUCUACAUUCCCGCGAUGUUGUUUACAGGGACCUUAAGCUUGAGAACCUCAUGUUAGACAAAGACGGCCACAUAAAGAUCACCGACUUCGGGCUGUGCAAAGAGGGGAUCACUGACGGAGCCACUAUGAAAACCUUCUGUGGGACCCCUGAGUACCUGGCGCCAGAGGUGCUGGAGGACAACGACUACGGCAGAGCGGUGGACUGGUGGGGCCUGGGAGUGGUCAUGUACGAGAUGAUGUGCGGUCGAUUGCCGUUCUACAACCAGGAUCACGAACGCCUGUUUGAGCUUAUCCUCAUGGAGGAGAUCCGCUUCCCCAAGAACCUGGCCCCGGAGGCCAAGGCCCUGCUGGCAGGCCUGCUGAAAAAGGAUCCCAAACAACGGCUCGGAGGCGGGCCAGACGACGCCAAAGAAGUGAUGACUCACAAGUUCUUCAUCUCAAUCAACUGGCAGGAUGUUAUCGAUAAAAAGCUCGUUCCCCCCUUCAAGCCCCAGGUGACGUCGGAAACAGACACCCGCUACUUCGACGAUGAGUUCACAGCACAAUCUAUUACAAUAACUCCUCCAGACAAGUAUGACAGUAUAGAUCCAGAGGAUUCAGAUCAGCGCACACACUUCCCUCAGUUCUCCUAUAGCGCCAGCAUCCGGGAAUGAUCACACAGACUCACAAACGAGCAGGCAGGCUGGCACACAAUCACAACCCCACAUGCACACUUGCACUGCUGAGUACUUUUGAAUGGCACAAAGCAUAUUUUCAUUCUGUCUGUAGUGCACACAUACACACACAUCAUGAAGUAGGACCCCACAAACCGAGAAUGACUGACCUCAGCAGGUUUGUGUGGACGGACUGGCAGCUUCGUCUCCGUGCAUCCUCUCAGGGUUGACUUUAGGCUUCCCUGCUGGACCUCUGCUGCACCUCUCUGGACACCACAUCGACGCCUUUGACACUUCGAAAACCAGGUUUUUCCCCCCACCAACCUCUUUAACCAGCUGCAGCCAUGCUUCACACACAGACACACCGAACAAGCCCAUGCAUUUAGACUCGAGCGUCCUCGAGGAAAUUUCAAAAAUUAGGAAUUUUAAAGAUAUUUAAUUUUUUUUUUUUCACCCGUUGUCACAGUUUUAAAUGUAAAGCCAUAUUUCUGCUUUUUUCAUGUGAUUUUUGGGGGGGUUAAAAAGAAAAAAAAACAAGUGCUCUUUCUGGAACUUGCUGUUACGAAUCAGUGUAGGUUUUUACCUACAGUAGGGGCGGAAAUGAGGGCAAAGAGAGUUGCCAUUACUGUGUUUGCACUGCACGGGUGAAUCUGAGAACGGAUGGGCGUGUGCGCAUGUGUGCAGAAACUGCAAAAGAAUGAAUGAUCAACCUUUUUUGUUUGUUUGUUUGUUUGUUUGUUUGUUUCCAGCCAUCCAUUAGUGUCUGUUGUAGUUUUUCCAACUCUGGAAGAUUAAUGGCUGACGACACUAUGCAGCUCACUCAACACUUUUGUUUUUCAAGGAAACACAUUCAAAAACUGACCAGCGUUAUCGCUAAAUCGACGAGUCAGUAUUACAAAAGUUCUGUAGCAUGGCUGUCAUUUUCUGCAACACGUUUUAAAGGAUGCUCUGUCCAAAUUCAGUGUCCGACUAGUUGGAUCAGUCUCCCAUGUGUGUGGUUUUCCCCAACCAGCCCCUAGAAACCGGUGACAACUUCACUAUAAUUAUAUCCAGUAAAUUUCACUCCCUAGCUAAAGAAUAAGAAACAAACCAGUGCUCGUUUAUUUUAUUUUUUUAAUUUAAUAUUUCAUGAUCCUUGUAUUUAAAGAAUGAAAGAGAUCAACUGUUAAUAAGAGGCCAAAAAUGAUGUCUUGUUGGACGUGUAAAACUUUUUUUUGUCGAAAACAUUGAAAUGUGUGCAGCAACAGGGUUGUUGUUAUUGUACUAAAUGCCGUGUGACCUGUCGAACCAGCCUUUAGCCUGCAGAAAGGAGGAAAUAGGCAAAAAUAUCAGCAAAAUUGCUGAGUGGAAAUUAAAAAAAAAAUGUCAGUACUCUGAUUCAUGGCAGCACAUGAUUGACAGACGCUGUGGAAAGUACAUUGAGUGCUCAAAUUGACACAAGCGUUUUUUUUUUUAAUUCCAUAAUGCUGGAAAAGAUGUUGGUUGCUCUUUAAGUUGUACUAAAGGAGCACAUAAACCAUUUUUUAUGUUUUUUUUAUUAUUAUUUGUUGUGUUUUAUCCCUGUUUGUCCUUUUACUUCUCUUUUUUUUGAAGAUACAUCAUCUUGUUUUAAGUAUACAUUAUAUUAAAUAUAUCUAUUAAAAAGUUUUUUUUAAACUGACAUUUUUCUGUUUUUUAUUAUUUUCUACUUUUUCUGUCUUUGUUUUUAAGCGGGAUUCCAUAAGAGGAUUGCUUUGUGUGCUCAUAAAUAGCAGACUAUCCUUCAAUCCAACAGUGAUUCAUAUGGAGCUCUUUUUGAGCCAUUAAUGUUUGAAACCCAAAUAAAACAUUUUAGAAAAAUAUUGGUGUUUGGACAAAAACAAUCUAAAAUAUCAAAAAUGUUUGCUAUUCUAAAAUGAAUUAUUUUCAGCUUCAAAUGUUGUUUUUUUAGGUUUCAAAACUCCAAAUUUCUAUUUCAAAACUGUCUUUUCAGAUUGAAAUUGAAUAAAGCAGAGGAUCCCAUUCACGUUAGAUAUGUGUUUCAAUUAAACGCUCUAGUUGACUACUGGACCUCAGUUCACAAUUUGAUUUAUUUAAAUUAAAUUAAAUUUGGUUUAAUUUUAUUGUUAAUAGAUUUAAACUAAUAAAAAUCUUUUUUUUAUUCAAAAGCAAAUGAGAAAUUCUAACUGAAAAGCAAUCUUAGAAUUAGAGAAACAAACAAUUUAAAUAGAAAUUAGACAUUCAUUUUUUUUGUAGUAAAGAUCCAUUGAAUUGUGAAUAAUCUGUUAUGAUUCACACAAACGAUUCAGCAUUCUCUUGGAUAUCCCUCUGUCGUAUCUCCACGUCUGUUUUGUGUGGGUGAGUUUCUGCGAGAUAUGAGUGAAAACGCAAAAAAAGAAGCAGAUUUUCCUCUCCCCAGUGAGCGUGAGGUGGCCUCGGUUCCUGCAGACAAUAAUGCAAUGCUUCACAACUCCAGCACUCUCCUCACUGACUCAAGCACAGCCCUCAAACUCUGUCCACAAGAGGCCUGCUUUGGACCUGAUGACGGACCUCGCUGCGGACUUGCCUUUAUUGCUAUCUUGGGCCACUAGGGGGUGCUGUUGGACUCAAGCUGGUUGUAAAGCCAUACACUGAACCUCGCUGCUGGCCACGCUUAUACCAAUGCUUCUCAGCUUAUAAAAAAAAAAAAAAAAACAUGCAACUGAACCCCCCUGACCUCUCCUGUAGGCAUACACCGGCACAACAAGUGCCUCUUCAUUAUUGUGUAAAUACCAAAAAAAAA